UUACAAUGCACAAUAGUUUGUUCUUGCUUAGGUUAUCAGUUAUCACAAAAUUUAAUUUAUAAAUAUAGUAUGAUUAAAAUAAACUGAGCAUGAUUCUAAUUUUCUAAAUUAAAUGGACUAGUGUUGAUAAGAGUCAAUAAUGGAGCAGAUAUACGCGCUUGGCGUUUCCUAUAUUGAAUUCGUUCAGCAUUGGUUCUCUGAGUCGGAAGACUUCUUCGAGUUUGUGAAUCAUCUUUCCAACCCGCACAAUGUGGUGGAAGUGCUGUUCCCUCUGGUCUCCAUUGUUGACUCUGCUUUUGCUGCUCAGCUAUUACUUUGUUUGGCUUUCGGAGGUUGGCUCAAUGCUAUUAUGAAAUGGUGGUUACUAGAAGACCGUCCCUACUGGUGGGUUCAGGAAACAUCAUUCUACAAUGGCACCCGACGUCCACACCUGCACCAGUUUGGCCAGACCUGUGAGACGGGUCCAGGAUGCCCUUCCGGCCACUCGGCUACUGCGGCCAUUGUACUACUGCUGGGGAUCAUGUGGAUAUCCCAUGUUAUGAGUGAUAGAAAUUGCUAUAUCUGGUGGUGGAAGUUGGUAGCUUACCCUACGUCUGGGUUCGCGAUAUUAUCAGUGAUGUUUGCGCGCAUGUACGUCGCCACGCAUUUCCCUCACCAGUGCUUCCUCGGGGUAAUGAUAGGGUCAUUUCUAGCUCCGGCUCUAUGUAUAUAUGUAUCGGAUCCUUACAUCUGGGAGUAUGGUCCUGGAGGUGUGGAGACAGGUCGAGCGCGUGUAUGGCAUGUUGUAUGUGCAUUGCUGACCAUAGCCAUCAGUGUGGUCACUUACUACAGCCUUAAGCUGUGCGGAGUAGACCCACAAUGGACGGUGCAGAUGGCUUUCCGUUGGUGCGAACGGCCCGAUGAAAUCCACGUGUCGACGACGCCGUUGUUCGCGCUGGUGCAGACCACCGCCAGCCUGCUGGGCUGGGCGCUCUGCGUCACACCCGCCGUCGCACAAUAUCGGCAUUACACGAGGGAUCGUUCAUUGAUUUUAUCAGCAUUUAGCACUGCUAUUAUAUUGUACAUAUUUAAACACGCCCAAGACAAUAUAAAUAGAAGUGAUGCGAUCUGCUUUUAUUCUUUACAAUUUCUACUAAAUACUAUAAAACCCGCUUUGUUAUUGCGCUUGGCGCCCGCAAUUGCAAUGUGGCCAUACUCAGCUCAAACAAAGAUUAAAACAAAUUAAUGUCUUGCCAUUAGCAAAAUCUAUUUAUUUAGCUAAAAUUUUAGUUGAAUUAAAUUGCUAUUUAUUUUUAUUAAGGCACAAGUAGCUAAAAGUUUGUAGUUUUAUAUUGCACUAUUUUGUUUUUUAGAGGUUAACACGCUUUGAAUAGAAAAUAGGGUAUUAAGGUGCGGUAGCCACUAAAGGGCAUUUUUCUCAUUUUCUUCUGUGAUAAAACAUUCCUUCAGUUACCAAAAACGGUAUUUUAUAAGUUACUACCAAAUAAUUAUUCACACUACGUUGUUUAAUAAAGAUUCACAUAAUAUAA